UUAUCAAUAUGCUAUUCACCGGUCGACGACAAAUAAACACCUUUUCACUAAGGUAUUUCUGUCAAACUCAAGAGUUGUUUAUGAAUACCCUCACCAUGUUGUUUGUGGAACGUGCCAGUUUCCUUUGUGAUGACACUGAGUAUUUUCUGAGUAUAAAUAAGUGCUGGAUACCAACUACUUGCAAUGACACAUUCUAUGUGGGAAGGUGGCAACUUCAGAUUGUCAUUUUUUAUCCUAUAAAGAUCCUUUCACUCUCGUUUUUAACCAGAAGAGCACAGGAAGACAACGGCUGACUACAAAGGCGCAAGGUAAAGAAAGCUGGAAUGCCUCAGUCUGAGAGAGAAAGUGACAAGAGGGUGAGUGGGAGAGAAAAUGAACGACAGCCACAACUAAAAGAAGAGCAUGACGCAUCUCCCCCUCUGAUAAGCAAACGUUCUUCACCCCAGUGCGUGGAAGAUCUUUCGCCUGCUGUACGUUCUAAUUCUGCCCCUCAGACAGCAGCACCAGUCCAGCUCAGCCAUACUGCUCCAUCCAGCAACUCAGCAUACUUAAAACAUCCACCAUGCCAGAGAGCUGGUGACGAGGAACGGAUGCAUUUUCUUCAGCUAGUGUUUCAGAAUUCUCGAGCUGGCCAGAUCAGGCCGUCUGUACUCCGCUCUACGGCUCUCCUGCUUCAGGCAAAUGACAGUCACUCAGCAGCCAUGAACAGAAGAAAAGACGGCGCACAGAUUUCCAUACAAGCUGUUGCUGAAUCAAGUCAGCACAGGAAACAAUCUCCCAGCUUACACCAUCGCAGCCCUGUCCAGACAGAGAUGCAGAGAUCCAGCUCUCUUUAUGUAAAUGGACAAUGUCGCUGGCCAGGCUGCGAUAAAGUCUUUGAAGAGUACACACAUUUUUUGAGACAUCUGAACCGAGAACACAGCACAGAUGAGAAAACUAUUGCACAAUGGCGCGUUCAGCAAGACCUGGUACAUCACAUGGAGAAUCAGCUUAUUCAGGAGAAGCAGAAACUUUACGCCAUGCAGAUCCAUCUUCAGCUCUUUGAAUGCAUCUCGACAUGUACUGGAGUUGCUUCAGGCCGGUUGAGGCCGCUGGCACUAAAUUUGCCCCCGUUGGGGGAGCCAGAUGGCAGGACAGAGAGAGCAAGUGAAGCACCGGCACGACAGGAACCCUGGCACAUACCCCCACCACACCUGCUGCCAGAUUUCGCUAACAGCAUCGAAUACUAUAAAUAUGCCAAUAUACGACCUCCAUAUACAUAUGCUUUUCUAAUCAGAUGGUCAAUCUUGGAAGCGCCAGAGAAACAGCGGACAUUAAACGAAAUCUACAAUUGGUUCACAAGGAUGUUUUUCUAUUUCCGUCAUAAUUCUCCUACAUGGAAGAAUGCUGUGCGACACAAUCUUAGUCUCCACAAAUGCUUUGUGCGGGUGGACGGGAGGACUGGGGCGGUGUGGACGGUGGAUGAGGAAGAGUUUCAGAAGAGGAAAGGGCAAAAAAUCAACAGGGACUACACUUUGAACUGGCUGACACCCUUCUCCCAUUGUCCAUCCAAAGAAGCCUCAGAUCAUCAGAUGUAUCAAUAAAAGCCAUAGAUCUUCAGUGAAACCUUUUACAAAUGUUUAGUGUAGUAUGAACAAAAAUGAGGCUCAACUUUAGAUUUUAAAGGCAUGAUCCUAAAGGAUGAGAUUGUUUGUUAAUAUUCAUUUAUGUAUAUCUAUCUGAAAAAUGUCAACAAGUCUUCCUUAAAAAACGGUGUUACUGUCUUACUGAGUUUUUUUCUUUUCUUUUUUAAAUAUUACAAAUAUUUAUGCAGACUGUAACUUUUCUUUUUAAUUCAUAGACAGUGGUUAUAAAUAAAUGCAUGCUUUAUUUUUGUUUAACCUGCUGUACAAUAUCUGAUUAAAGUGAAAUACAAUAGCAGUAACAUAUUAGAAUAUUCAAAAUGAUUCAAAAUUUCACUUUGAGAGACCAGGCUCCAACCUGACCAGAAGAGGGCAUCUGUGUGUGCUCACACGUUUUUGGGUGUGGUAAUUCUGUAACAGUACAGGAAAAAACAAAAAGCUUCAUCAAAGCUGCUGGAAUGAAAGACAAAGACAUUUCCUAUCUACAUUUCUAAACCAUAUUCUGAUGAUAUUUAUACUGCAUACUGCUUCAAAUCUGAGUCACUGAAGCAGGCUUUAUUAAGGACAAAUUGUUUGUUGGUGAGAUAUGAAAAUAUAUCUUGAUAAAUUCCUCACCAUGUUGAUUUGAAUGAAUUACUGUAAAAUUCCAUAACUUUUCAUGUGCAAAUGGCUGAUUUUUCACCGCAUUUUGCACAUGUGUGACUUCAUGCUGCAGUCUAAAGGUGGAGAGUAAAUAAAUCUGCUGCAUCUGUUCCCCUGUGGUUCUCUGUUUUGUCUUCCAGCUUGAUGGGAACGUAUCCAUCCCUUAUGAUGCUUCAGCCUGUGCUUUUGUGCUCCUCUGCCACCACACGCUUUUGUUCACCCUCAUAUUCCAGUGCCACUAUGUGAAUUCCCACAGCGCCGAUGAUGGUGGUUGGCACUGCAUUCUAAAGGAAAAUAUAUAUAUAUAUGUAUUUGUUUACUAGAUUAGAGGUAAUGCACAGUAAGUCAAUCUAUUGCCAUCACAUGGCUACUUACCAAAUAAAUACAUG